CUCAUUUUUGGCUCAGGCUUCGUGGCAGCCGAGGCUGGGGGAGAUGGAGGACGAGGACGAGGACGACGAUGCGGUGCCACAUCUUUUGGGAUGUUAGGCAUCCGGCGAGCGUCUCGAGAAGGCGCUGCUUCCUUCGACGUGGCAGUCAAGAAGUGUGGUCAGACAAAACAAUGGGGCGCAGCACUGCAGAUGCUUCGCCAAGGGAUUCAGUUAGGUGUGAAACCCUUCCCAGGGACUUACAUUGCGACUAUUAGUGCAUGCAGAAAAUGCGGACAAUGGCAACGGGCGCUGUCGCUGCUCAGUGAGAUGUGUGAGUCGGAAAUAGAGCCCAACGUCAUCAGCUACAGCGCUGGGAUCAGCGUCUGCGAGAAGGGCGGGCAGUGGCAGCAGGCUUUGUCGCUGCUCAGUGAGAUGCAAGAAGCGAGGAUGGAGCCCGACGUCAUAAUUUACAGCGCUGGGAUCAGCGCGUGCGAGAAAGGCGAGCAGUGGCAGCGGGCUCUGGCGCUGCUCAACGUGAUGUGGGAGAUGAAGGUGGAGCCCAACGUCUUCAGCUACAACUCCGGGAUCAGCGCAUGCGGGAAAUGCGAGCAGUGGCAGCGGGCUCUAGCGCUGCUCAGCGAGAUGUGGGAGGCGAAAUUGAUGCCCAACGUCAUUAGUUACGGCGCUGGGAUCAGCGCUUGCGAGAAGGGCGAUCAGUGGCAGCGGGCGUUGGCGUUGCUGAGCGAGAUGUGGGAGGCAAAACUGCAGCCGAACGUUAUCUUUUGCUACAGUGCUGGGAUCAGUGCUUGCGAGAAGGGCGAGCAGUGGCAGCAGGCUUUGGCGCUGCUGAGCGAGAUGCGGGAUGUGAAACUGCAGCCCAACGUCAUCAGCUACAACUCUGGGAUCAGCGCGUGUGGGAAAAGCGAGCAGUGGCAGCGGGCUCUAGCGCUGCUCCGCGAGAUGUGCGAGGCGACACUGAUGCCCAACGUCAUCAGUUGCAGCGCUGGGAUCAGCGCUUGCGAGAAAGGCGAUCAGUGGCAUCGGGCUUUGGCGCUGCUGAGCGAGAUGCAGGAGGCGAAACUGAAGCCCGACGUCAUGUCUACAGCGCCGGGGUCAGCGCGUGCGGGGAGGGUGAGCAGUGGCAGCGGGCUUUGGUGUUGCUGA